AUGGAAACCCCCCGGGAGCCAGGAACAGGCCUUCUCGGAGCCCCCUACCCAGCCAGCUUCACUUCUGGGCACCUGGAGAGAGAAAAGCCAGCCCAGGCCCCGCGGUACGAUGUGCCUGGUGCCGGCGGGGUGCAGACAGGUGGAUCGCAGCAGCCGGGGCGCAUCGUGAGCCUGCGGGAGCGCCUGCUGCUCACCCGGCCCGUGUGGCUGCAGCUGCGGGCCAAUGAGGCCGCCGCGUUGCACGUGCUGAGGACUGAGCCCCCCGGGACGUUCCUGGUACGGAAGUCUAACAGUCGCCAGUGCCAGGCCCUGUGCGUGCGGCUGCCCGAAGCCAGUGGCCCCUCCUUCGUCUCCAGCCACUGUAUCCAGGAGACCUCUGGGGGUGUCUCCCUGGAGGGCUCAGAGCUCGUGUUCCUAGACCUGGUCCAGCUGAUCUGUGCCUACUGCCACAGCCGGGACAUUCUCCUCCUCCCGCUUCAGCUCCCCAGAGCCAUCCGCCAGGCAGCCACCCACAAGGAGCUGGAAGCCAUCUCCCAUCUGGGCAUGGAGUUCUGGAGCUCCUCCCUCAACACCAAGGCUCAGCCAGGCUCAUCGGAAGGCCCCCCGCUGCCCCGGCUGAAGCCCCGGCCCCCACAAGAGCUGGACCAGGGCACCGGAGCCGCCUUAUGUUUCUUCAACCCCUUGUUCCCGGGGGAUCUGGGCCCCACCAAGCGGGAGAAAUUCAAGAGGAGCUUUAAAGUGCGUGUGUCCACGGAGACCUCCAGCCCCCUGUCUCCCCCAGCAGUGCCGCCUCCCCCAGUCCCGGUGUUGCCAGGGACAGCCCCCAGCCAGACAGAAAGCUUGCCCCCUCGCCAGCUGCUACGGAGGGAGAGCUCGGUGGGGUACCGUGUGCCAGGGGGCGCCGGCCCCAGCCUCCCACCGCUGCCCUCCCUCCAGGAAGUGGACUGCGCCUCCCCCAGCAGCUCAGAGGAGGAGGGGGUGCCGGGGUCCCAGGGGAGCCCAGCGACCUCACCCCACCUGGGCCACCAGCGGCGGCGGCGGCCCCUGCUUCGGUCCAUGAGCGCUGCCUUCUGCUCCCUGCUAUCGCCUGAGCGGCAGGUGGGCCGGGCAGCUGCGGCGCUGACGCAGGACAGACACACGGCCGUGGGACAGCUGGUGCAGGACCUGCUGACCCAGGUGCGCGCCGGUCCCGAACCCCGGGAGCUGCAGGCCGUCCGCGAGGCCCUGAGCCGGGCCCGAGCCAUGCUGAGCGCGGAGCUGGGCCCGGAGAAGCUGCUGCCACCAGACAGGCUGGAACGCGUCCUGGAGAAGUCGCUGCACCGCUCCGUGCUCAAGCCCCUGCGGCCCAUCCUGGUGGCCCGCCUGCGGCGCCGGCUUUCAGCCAACAGCUCCCUGGGCCGCCUGGCUGAAGGCCUCCGCCUGGCCCGGGCCCGGGGCGCCAGCGCCUUUGGGUCCCACUUAAGCCUGCCCUCCCCGGUAGAGAUGGAGCAGGUGCGUCAGAAGCUGCUACAGCUGCUUCGCGCCUACUCACCCAGCGCCCAGGUCAAGCGGCUCCUGCAGGCCUGCAAGCUGCUCUACACGGCCCUGAGGACCCAGGCAGGGGAGGGCGCAGGGGCUGAUGAGUUCCUGCCGUUGCUGAGCCUCGUCCUGGCCCACUGUGACCUUCCUGAGCUGCUGCUGGAGGCCGAGUACAUGUCAGAGCUCCUAGAGCCUGCCCUGCUCACCGGCGAGGGCGGCUACUACCUGACCAGCCUCUCGGCCAGCCUGGCCCUGCUGAGUGGCCUGACCGAGGCCCACGCCCUCCCCCUGAGCCCCUCACAGGAGCUGCAGCGCUCACUCAGCCUCUGGGAGCAGCGCCGCCUGCCCGCCACCCACUGCUUCCAGCACCUCCUCCGCGUAGCCUAUCAGGACCCCAGCAGUGGCUGCACCUCCAAGACGCUGGCCGUGCCCCCAGGAGCCUCGAUUGCCACGCUGAAUAAGCUCUGUGCCACCAAGUUCCGGGUGACCCAGCCUGAUGCUUUUGGCCUCUUCCUGUACAAGGGGCAGGACUACCAGCGCCUGCCCCCCGGAGCCCUGGCUCACAGGCUCCCCACCGCCGGCUACCUCGUCUACCGCCGGGCAGAGCAGCCCGAGACCCCGGGGGCCUCACCUGGGGCUGCCACAGGGGAGGGCAGUGGGGGGCCAGAGGCAGGGGACAGGGAGGAGGAGAAAGGGGGCCGGGGAGCUGGGGACACCGAGGCCAAAACCAGCCCCAGGGAUGGCAGGGGAGAAUCUGCUACAGUGGCCGAGGGGGCCGAGGGCCAGGCCAGGGGAGGCCCCGCUCAGCCAAGGGGGCCAGAGACUGGGGAGAGCCAGGCCGCAGAGGAGUAG